UUCUCCCUGAGAACCAAUAUUCCACUACCAACGGUUGAGUGGUGGCCCCACCCGUAUAGGCUCAAGUACACAAGACCGGCUGGCGGAGAAACAAAAGAAGGCAAGAUGUGCACACAAAUUCUCCGACAGGCUGGUGUGGCAGGUGGGUGCCGUCAGUACUGUCUGUAUACGGUGUUGAGCUGA